AUGACCCCUUUAAACGAGGAUGGUCAGCCGGUUGACUGGUUCAUUAUUUACAAGCUUCCCAUUUACAGGAUGGCAGUUAAAGGAAGUGGAGUGGAUUACAUGUAUCUGGAUCUGUCCGUCAUGGAUUUUCAGAUGAGUAAACAUACAGUCAACAGCAGUAAAGGAGCUUUAGGCAGAACAUUGACUCAGCUUUACUCCAGAUAUACAUCCACCAGCUUAGUCUGUAUGCUUUACAGUGAUGCUCCACCUGAACUGAAGUACCCAAGCAAGUAUGGACAUACAAAAGGAGUGUUGAUGUUUGACCAGUCUCAGGGAUUUUGGCUCACACACAGUGUUCCGCAUUUUCCUCCAUUUCCAGAGAGAAAUUACAGUUUUCCAUCUACAGGAAAAUACUACGGCCAGACGCUGCACUGUAUUACAUACAACUAUACACAGUUCCCUCAAAUAUCAUGGCAGUUAGCAUAUCUUAAUCCACGUAUGUAUAACUGCUCUGUCCCUAUGGCAUUUCGCCCAGAUGUUGCAGUCAUGGCACAAAUUUGUGAUGGUAAGAUACCAGCCAUUAAAAACAGAAGGAGUCUGCAGAAGCUGAAAUCAGUUUGAGGACAAAUUUUUUUCAGUUUUUCCAAAUCACACAACUAUGUGGAUGAUAUUUACACCGGCUGGGUGGCUCAAGCAUUGGGGACAGAUCUUCUAGUGGAAUCAUGGCUGCACCAGGCACAUCGGCUCCCCUCGAACUGCUCUCUUCCCCGGCACGUGAUGAACAUUGACAGAGUUUGUCUCCCAGGACCUCAGAUGUUCAAAAGCUACGAGGAUCAUUCUAAGUGGUGUGUGUCUUACGCAUUCAAAGACCAAUGGACAUGUCUGGGGGACUUGAACAGAGACAGUGGCCAGGCUGGCAGAGGUGGUGGGUUGAUAUGUUCUCAAAACUCAGUCAUUUAUAAAGCUUUCCAUCAGGCCAUGGCCGGGUAUAAACACUGCUGA